AAUUUUGAAUGUGGUAACACUAUCGGCACACAUCAAUUUGCACACAUUGAACAAACGUCAUUGCUGUAAAACCACAAACAUUUCUUUCCUAUCCUGUCGCCGUAGAAAGAAGGAUAUUUCUAACUCCCUGGAAAGGUCUAGAUUAACCAUCAACCAUGGGAGCCUAUCGUUACAUUCAAGAAUUGUAUCGGAAGAAACAGUCCGAUGUAUUGCGGUAUUUGUUGCGUAUUCGCGUUUGGCAAUUCCGUCAAUUGACAAAAUUGGUGCGUUCACCACGUCCAUCACGUCCAGACAAGGCACGUCGUUUGGGAUUCAAGGCCAAGCAAGGCUUUGUCAUCUACCGCAUCCGUGUGCGUCGUGGAGGUCGUAAGCGUCCAGUUCCAAAAGGUUGCACAUAUGGCAAACCAAAAAGCCAUGGUAUCAACGAAUUGAAACCAUACCGAUGCUUGCAAUCAGUUGCUGAGGAACGUGUUGGUCGUCGUUUCGGUGGUUUGAGAGUCUUGAACUCAUACUGGGUUGCACAAGAUUCGUCAUACAAAUACUUCGAAGUCAUCCUUGUUGAUCCAGCACAUAACGCAAUCCGUCGUGAUCCAAAGAUCAACUGGAUCUGCAAAGCUGUCCAGAAACAUCGUGAAUUGCGCGGUCUUACUUCAGCCGGUAAAAGCUCACGUGGUCUUGGCAAAGGAUAUCGUUACACCCAAACCAUUGGUGGUUCACGUCGUGCUGCAUGGCGUCGUCGUAAUCGCCUCCACUUGCGUAGAAAGCGUUAAGUUAUUCGUGUAUUGUCAACACAAUAAAUUUAUAUUCGAUGGUUUAUUUCGAUUUUACAUGGCAUUCACAUGUAUUUGGAGAUAUUUCGUCUAAUAAAUUUUCUAAAAAUGAAGCUAUAACAAA